UGUAUCUUUAGAACUAACCAAAGCUCAUCCACCAAGAACACCGAGAUUUUAGUGCUAGGGUUCUGUUGCAACCAGCCCUUUACGCUUCUUAUUCAACCUUCGUUAACUUCGAAGUUUUAUAUUUUUAUUUGUAGGUGAAAAAUGAUGGCCGUUCUAGUGGGUCCUGAAGAUUGAGUUUGUAGGAGAGAAAGAGCUGUAUUUUGGAUUAUCUGUUUGAUUUUUUGAAAAUGACGGAAGGGCGGCGACAUUCAGUCGAUAUCCCUAUCUCUAGAACACUUAUAGCACUCAGGAGAGUGAGGUCCCUGAGGGAUCCAUCAACUAAUUCGUUGAGCAAAUUUUCUGCAAUGCUUGACAAUGUGAAUUGGGAAACAAAUUCAAGCAAUGGGAUUUCUCUGCGGUUUGAAAAUGGUUGUAAAGAAGGUGUUUCUCAACAUAAUGGUCUCUUGGGAUCAAAAUCUUUAGGUUUUAAUGCACUGAGAAAGGAUCAAGAUGAUGAUUUGGAAAUGCAUCGAGGCUUGCCUAAUUCUUUGGCAUGUCAGAAUUUGGGUCGGGAAGGAAACACUGGUAAUCCUGGUAGAAUGAAACAGGUUGAAGGAUUAGAUAAUUAUUCAUCAAAUCAAAAAGAGGUUUAUGGAGAUGGAUUUCUUGAUGAAAGAUAUUGUAGUGAUCAUAGGGAUGAAGAAUUGAACUUGGCUUGCAUUGUGCCUCCUAGUAAUUCUAUGGAGGAUGUAGGUUCAUAUAAGGGACCAAUUCUAGGAUCAUUAUCAAAGGAAAAAGUAGACCAAUCUGUGUCUAAACGGAAAUCCCGAAUCAAAAAUCAAACUAAAUUAUGUGAACCAGACGGUAAUCUUGGUAGUCUUGUAAGUACUCCAUGCCCUUCAGGAAGUGAUGCCCUGUCAAAUCGUAGCAUGUCAUUAUUUACAGAUGAAGAGGUUGAUGUUGUUGACAGCAGUUAUCGUGGAUGUGGACUAAGCUACUGCUGGUCCAGAACUCCACGGUCCAGAGAAUCAAAUCCUUCUGAUGUAGAAGACCAUCCCUUGUUAUCUGGGGAGGUAAGUGACACAACUCUUUAUGGACGUGGGCAUCACAACAUCAAUAAUGAAAUUGCUACAUGCUCAGAAACUCCUAGGAGUUUGAGUCAGAAAUUCAGGCCAAAAUCUUUUGACGAAUUGGUUGGACAAAACGUGGUUGUGAGGUCUUUAUUGGGUGCCAUCUCUAGAGGAAUGGUAACAUCCUUUUAUCUCUUCCAUGGUCCUCGUGGUACAGGCAAGACCUCUGCCUCAAGGAUCUUUGCUGCUGCUUUAAAUUGCCUGUCACUUGAGGAGCACAAGCCAUGUGGUAUGUGCCGAGAGUGUAUUUUGUUCUUUUCUGGUAGGAGCAGGGAUGUCAAGGAAGUGGAUUCUGUGAGAAUCAAUCGAACGGACAAGGUCAGAUCCCUUAUGAAGAAUGCAUUCAUCCCACCCCUUUCAUCACGGUUUAAGAUAUUCAUUGUUGACGAGUGCCAGUUGCUGCAUGGGGAGACGUGGGUAACUGUUUUAAAUAGCUUGGAUAACAUUUCACAACAUGUUGUCUUUGUAAUGAUCACUUCCGACCUGGAUAAGCUGCCUCGAAGUGCAGUAUCUCGGUCCCAAAAAUAUCAUUUUUCUAAGAUAAAAGAUCCUGAUAUUGCUAGCAGAUUGAGGAAAAUCUGUGGUGAAGAGGCUCUCAACUUUGAUCAGGUUGCUUUAGACUUCAUUGCUACUAAAUCAAAUGGUUCACUAAGGGAUGCAGAGAUGAUGCUUGAUCAGCUCAGUUUGCUUGGUAAAAAAAUUACAAUGUCCUUGGCCUACGAGCUUAUUGGAAUCGUUUCUGAUGAUGAAUUGCUUGAUUUGCUAGAUUUGGCUUUAUCUUCUGACACUUCGAAUACAGUAAUAAGGGCCAGGGAACUGAUGAGAUCAAAAAUUGAUCCAAUGCAACUUAUUUCACAACUUGCAAAUCUCAUCAUGGAUGUUCUUGCUGGUAAAUGUCAGGAAUGUAGUUCUGAAGCUAGGAAAAUGUUUUUCAGAAGGCACAAUUCUGAAGCGGAUAAGCAGAAAUUGAGUCAUGCCCUGAAAAUUCUUUCUGAAACAGAGAAACAGUUGAGGAUGUCAAAACAUCAAACCACAUGGCUCACUGUAGCUCUAUUGCAGUUAAGCUGUGUGGAGUCUUCAUCCUUAGAUCUAAGUGAUUCCAAGCCAAGUCAGAGAAAUGCACAUGAAAAAGAUGGUGAUUCUCAUAGCACAUUAUCCCCUGGCGAGAGCUUGAAGCAUCUGGUUGUCCAUUGUUCUUGUGAUGACAAUAAAUCAAACAAAUUUGGAACACGGGAGGAUUUUAAAGGAAAAUUGGAAUCGAUAUGGAAGAGAGCUACAGAAUUAUGCCAAUCCAAAUCGCUCAAGAGUUUUCUAAGGAAACAGGGGAAGAUGUUGUCUCUUCAUGUUAACCAAGGUGUGGCAAUUAUUGAAUUGCAAUUCCAUCAUCCUGACUAUGUAUCUAGGGCCGAGAAGUCCUGGAAAUUGAUUGCAAGCUCACUUCAGACGAUAUUGGGUUGUAACGUUGAAAUACGGCUACUUUGUGCUCCCAUGUCAAACCGUAGCAAGACAAGGAAGUCCUCUUUCAGUUUGUUUAGUUGUUCACGCAGAAUUCAGCAGAAGUCUCAAUCAACUACAGAGUGUGGGAGUGAUUCUGAAUAUUCUGAUUACAUCUCUGAAAAACUUAUUACGAAGGACAGACAUGUUUUGAAUUUUUACUCAGAUUGUGGAUCACAGAUGUCAAAUAACCCUUAUCACAGAACAGAAGUGAUAGGGGCUUUAAGAAAUAGCGAAGGAAAUGUACUAAGCACUGGUACAGCCUCUUCCCGCAGAAUAAAUCAACAUGAUGCAUUAAAGGCUCCUGGUUAUAAUAUCAACUCUUUAGAGGAAGACAGAAACAACUGCGAGAAUUUAUCAAUUCAAGAGCCAGAAAUUCAGCCAAGCUGCUUUCCUACAACUUUAAGGCUUAAAAAGAAGUUAUGUGCUUCAGACGCUACUCAAAUGGUUCAUACAAGUAACCCACAAGAAAACAAGCUUGCGUUGUCUGUCCCAAAGAAGAAUUCUUUUGAUACAUAUAUUUGUGUCAAUGAUCCCUGUGUUUUCUAUGGCAACUCAACUAACUGCUCCAACAGCUUCAGAGAGGAGGAUGGAUUGAAAGAUUACUCCAAUGUGCUUUGUUGGAGAACCCCCACAUUUCCCCUAAGGAAGGCUUGGCAACUGGCACACCAACAAAAAAGAUCAAACUUAGUGGGGCGCAUUCUACCCUGUACCACCGCUAAGCAAGCAGUAGUUUUAUGAUGAGGGGCAGAUGGCAAACGUUUAUGGUGGCUGCAGAAGAGCUUAAAAUAUACUGAAUUUUUGCAAAUUUUUUGUAAGUAUUUAUUGCAGAACAUGGAGAUCAUCACAGGGCAUAAUGUUAUUGUAAUAAUAUGUAUAGCACUUCAUUUGAUUUUAUAGAAUAAGCUUCCGAUGAAG